AUGCCUACCACCACGGAACCACCAGAAGGCAUCCACCACUACGAAUACGCCAGCGACCUCCCCGAAGCCAACACAAAAUACUGGCAUCAACGCUACAACAUCUUCUCCAAAUAUGACGAGGGAAUUUGGCUCACAGACGAUGCCUGGUUCGGCGUAACUCCAGAACCAAUCGCAAACAAAAUCGCAGAGCAUGUAGCCACAGCACCAGCAUCCAAGACAAUCCUCAUAGACGCCUUUGCGGGCGCAGGUGGGAAUGUCAUUGCUUUCGCCCUCUCCGGUCGCUGGAAACAAAUCUUUGCCGUAGAAAAGGAUCCCAAAACUCUUGCGUGUGCGAAGCAUAAUGCGGAAGUUUAUGGAGUGGCGAAGAAGAUUUUCUGGACCCAGGGGGAUGUUUUUGAGGCGUUGAAGAUUCGACUCAAGGCUGCGGCCAAGAAUGCUGUGGUGUUUGCGAGUCCGCCUUGGGGAGGUCCGAGCUAUACUGACUGGGAUGUGUUUGACCUCUCGUACAUGGAGCCUUACAAUAUGCAACAUUUGUAUGAGGCAUAUUCCAAGGUGACGGAUGACUUUGUGCUCUAUCUUCCACGGACUUCGGACGUACGACAACUGGUCAAGUUUGACAAGAAAGGCGAGGAGAAUGGAGAAAAGCUAAAGGUCAUUCACUAUUGCAUGCACGGGUCAAGCAAGGCCUUGUGUGUCUUCUACGGGUCCUUUCAGUUGGGCUGA